CGCUUUAGAAGUUCAGACGUGGUUUAGACGCUGAGAGGGAACAAAGCAUCAGAAUUAAAAAUGCGGCUCUGCAGUUUGCUCACUGCGGUCAUCUUCGCGCUCCUGCGGGACAGCACUGCGUCCCUGUUCGUGCAGGGUCCUUCAGAAACAAUCGUCGAGGGAGACACUGUGACUCUGGAAUGUCUUGACUCGGAAUCUGAGUUCAACAUCAGCUCCGUGCACUUUGAAAAACUAUCCAGGCACAGGCAGAUUUGGCAUCGGCUGGACUUAUACGACUACGGCUAUUAUUACCGCCGCUGCUUCUGGUACGACGCGGAAGUGAGUAAAGAAGACGGCCGCCUGCGCCUUAUCUUAGCGAGAGUCCAGACCUGGACUGCUGGAACGUUCCGCUGUGUGCCUGACAACCUGACUGAGGUGGACAAUUCAUCACUGCCCUUCAAGCUCAUGGUGCACUAUAUUCGCGAUGUGACGGUGAACAAGGCCGGAGCAACCUACCUCACCCGGUACCUCGCCCCACAAGACGAGCUGCGUGUUAAAGUAGGGGACGACGUCGAGCUGGAAUGCUCUACCACCGCCUCGGAGACCCCUCAGUAUUCCUGGCUCAAAGAGGGAGAGGACUGGGUGGUUCCCUCCAAUAAGCUAAAGCUGAAGCAAGUGCGCGAGCAGGACAGCGGGGAAUAUACCUGCACGGCUCAGCACCCGUCUGUCAGCUCCCUCGUCAAGAAGCGAACCAUCAGCCUCACUGUCCUGCCAGAGGAAGCCGCGUGGUAUGAAACGACUUCAGGCCGCAUUUAUCUCUUCUUGUCUGCAACAAUGGCGCUUCUUGUGGUUGCCAUCCUGACCACGACUGUCUUCUUGUGCCGCCGGUCCCGACAGAACAAGAGCAAGGGCCCGAUCGACGACCACUCCCAGAAGAAGCCUAUCUACAGGAACAGCGUGGAAUCUCUGGUUUCCACUGCUGGAGACAAACAACCACUGGUCUAAUGAGUGAGAUGGAGAGGGGAGAGAGGAGAGAGGUGGAUGAGGACAGUGAGUGUUGAAGUUUAGGAGAGAAAGAACCUGCCAGAUUGGAUAAGAGAUGGUUCGUUAGUGAAACGCAGGCCGUGAAUUGUAUUGAAGACAGUAGGAAAAGGGUGUGUGGACUUGAUAGGCAGACAUGAUUGUUUCAUGGUAAUGGUUCCAAUUCAGCAGGUUUGGCAGCAGUACUCCUCGACUAAAGGUGUGCAAUUUUCUCUGUAUUGAUUCACAACCCAACAAAAUUGAGAUUCACGCCUGUUGUCUAAGACAGGCACUGCGAAUGCUGGUGUGAGCUUUAAAUCUCUGAUCUUUUUCAGAUAUAACCCUUUCCUGCUACUCACUCCUCCAGCCUUGAGUUGUAAACAAGUCGCUUUUUCUGGCAGCGUCAGUUUGUUAGACAAUCAUUCUGGUGGACACAAUAUGAUACAGCAACUUUAGGUGAAGUGUUUAUUCGUGGGCUCUCUAUUCUACUCGACAGCACCUUUAUUAAAUGCAACUGUAAGACUAUAUGAAAAAUAUGAUAGCACUUUAAAUCUUUUACACAAUGUUUGAUCAUUGCUUUGUAAUUUUGAAAGUUACAUUAAACAUCUUUUAAAAUACA